AUGAAGUUGGUAAUUCUACUUAUUCAUAUUGUGGUGACUUCCGCAAUUCAUCACUCGAUGACACCACUUGAAUUGAAGCACUAUUUCGGAACCGAAAACAAAGACAAAGUUCCGAAAUACUUCUUGGAUGGCAACAAAAAACAUAGACUGGAUGUUUUCGAUGAUGAAUUCAAAAUGGAUUUUCUUAUCGAUGGAGUUAUGGAGACGUUCGUGUUACGCAAUAAACCGCAUCUGUUCUCCGAAGGUUUUCAUAUGAUGGAAGACGACGUGGAAUUGAUGAUGCAUCCAUUGAAGAACUGUGUUUACGAAGGAGAAAGUGCCGUUCGAAACGGCACACGUAUCGGUCUCGUCGGUUGCGGACAUAAUUUGAAUGGUAUGGUCAUCACUGACAGUGGGGAUUAUCACUUGAUCCAAUCCCAUCAUCAAUCCGGUCAGCAUGUUAUCCAUAAAAGAAGCAUUGAGUCCAUCGAUCAUGAAUGUCAAUUUGAUGCUAGUGAUGAUCCGUAUCCAGAAGAUAGGGAGGAGAUUGCAAUGAAAAGCAUGCUUAUGAAAAUGAUGAAGGACAUAAGAAGGGCAGAACCUCACCGAAGAGAUGUACUGACUGUUGAGUUGGCGGUAUUCGCUGACGAUGCAAUGUGGGAUCAUUUCAAAAAAAUGUAUGGGAAAGCUGCAGAAGAGAACAUGCAUACUUUCAUUAUGGCAGUUGUGAAUAACAUUGAUGUGCUCUACACUCAAAGAUUGCUUCAACCAAGGAUAAAUAUCAAAAUUGUUAGAUAUGAGAUUUUGAAAAAUAUACCGCACCUUAUGCACGCUCGAAAACAUUCGAAUGGAGAUGUCGAUAGACUUCUGGAUGCAUUCUGUCAAUAUCAAAAUGAAAUUAAUCCUCCGAACGAUGCGGAUCCUCGACAUUGGGACCAUGCGCUUCUCUUCUCCGGCUAUGAUCUACAUCGCAACGGAGUGAAAACAGUGGCAGGAUACGCGCCAGUGAAAGGGAUGUGUAGUGGUGUUAGAUCAUGUACGAUUAAUGAAGGUCUUGAUUUUGGAAGCGUGUUUGUGGUUACUCAUGAGAUGGGUCAUAGUCUGGGGAUGUAUCAUGAUGGUGACAACGAAUGCGAUUUGCGAUGCUGUAUUAUGAGUCCAUCGGUUGGAAGUGGAAAAACUCAUUGGAGUCAUUGCUCUGUGAAUGAAAUGGCUACAUUUGUUGGACACCUUGGUGAUGACUUCCGUCCUCCCAACUGUCUCCAAGACGCAUCAGCACCUGAACAACGGAUGGUUGCAUUCAAAGAGUCAGAACCUCCCGGACAACUGUUCACAAUGGAUGAACAAUGUGAGAUAUUCCAUGGAGAAUGUUGGAAACAUGAGUUGAAAGAUGGACAAACAAUGCAGAAUGUCUGCCAAAUGGUGUGGUGUGGGAAUGGUGAAGGUGUGAUUCGAACGGCGCACCCCGCUUUAGAAGGAACCUAUUGUGGAUAUGGAAUGAUUUGUCGUCAAGGACAGUGUGUUGGAUCGAAUCAAAUGAUGAGGGUAACCGUCGGUGGUUGGUCUUCAUGGAAUGAUCGUCCAGCACCAACUUGUGGUGGAAGAUGCUCACAGUGUGAGAUUAAGGGACAAAUUCGAAUUAUGAGAAGUAUCCGACAAUGCAAUAAUCCCAGUUCAAAUAAUGGAGGGGCACCAUGUCAAGGUGACGAGGCUCGUGGAAUGGUUUGUCAUAGAGAUGUUUGCAACGGAGACUCGAUAGAGAACUACGCCACCCGUGUUUGUACACGUCUCCGUGAUGAAAAUGCAAUCCCAAACACUAUUCUUUCCGGAGAAGGCAUGCAGUUUGAGCAAGCUAUGUGCAAAAUUUGGUGCUUAAUUGCUGGAUCCACAAACAUCAGAACAGUAUCCAACUUUCCAGAUGGAUCACCAUGUGGUACCAAUCAGUUUUGUAUUAAAGGAGAAUGCAGACCUUUACUAUGUGGAUCUACAACACUUGCUUAUUCCGAGGCAGAUUGUCCACUGAGCGUUCUUGCAACCACCACACAAGCUUCAAUUCCACAUAUUCAUUCGGUCGAUCAGUCUGCUAGCAAAACUAAUCCCUACAAAGAACAGAAGAAAGUCCCUUUCCUCAACGAAUGGUCCGGAUGGUCUGUGUGGUCGGAAUGUGUCACUUAUGACUGCCACACCCAGGGAGUCAAAGUUCGUAUCAGGAGAUGUCUUGCUGGAGUCUGUGCCGGAGCACUCCGUGAGAAAAUGCCUUGUACCAGACCUUGCACUGGUUCUGAAAGAACUUUGACAACAUCUGCACCACAGCAGACGUUCAGAAACCGUUUCAUUGCUCCACUUCCGAAUGGGAAUCGGCAAACUAACAUGAUUCUUAGAAAAAUUGAUCACUGGGGACCAUGGUCAGCGUGCAGUGUUACAUGUGGUACUGGACAGAAACUAAGAAGAAGAGACAACUGUAUCGAAUGCGCCGAAACGGGUCCAUGUGUGAUGCCGGUGUGUAGAGAAACACCUCCAGCAAGUACAUGGACAGAGUGGUCACAAUGGUCACCGUGCUCUGUAACAUGCGGUGAAGGUUUGCAGUUCAGAAAGAGAGCAUGUUUUGCAGCAUUCUGUCGUGGCAAAGAAAGUGAUGUCAGGAAUUGUUACCAACAACGGUGCCCUACAACAACUACACAACGACCGUUCAUAAACCGAUCAGGUCUCUGGACAGGUUGGUCAUCAUGGUCAGCAUGCAGUACAAAGUGUGGUGUUGGACAACGCACCAGGAGGAGGAGAUGUUACCAAGGAUCCUGCUUAGGUGACGAUAAUGAGAGAGAAGGCUGCGUAGGAGCUCAAUGUUGA